AUGUGGAUAGUUUGUUGUCGUAAACAAGAAAGAAAAAGAAAGAAAAUAAAAGAGAAUUUAAAAUUAAAACAAAAAGAUUCUAUUGAUUACCAUUGUAAAGAUGCUGAUCAUGAUGAUGAUAAUGAUAAUAAUGGGAUUAAUGAUCAUGAUCACGAUCAUAAUGAUGAAGAUAAACUUCAAAAUGAUAUAAAUAUACAUAUGAAACUAAAUAAUGAUUUAUAUGAUCAUACAGAAAAUGGUUAUUAUCUUAAACAAGAAAGAAGAAGUUUACCAGAUGUUGUGAUACCUUCAACAAAUUUAAUUAUCAAUCAUUCAUAUCAUAAUAAUAAUUCAUCCAUAAUACAAAGACCUAGUUUACAAACGGAUUAUAAAAUUGAACAUAGACCAACAAUCCUAUUAGAAAGUACAAUUCAAUUAGCUAAAUCAGAAAAUAUUGGUUUAGAUGAUAAUUUAAAUGAUAAUAAUAAUAAGAAUAAUAUAAAAUUAAAUAUGGAUAAUAAAGAUUUUAUAUUGAAUAAACGAAGAGCUCAUAGUUUGAUAUCAACUUAUCAACAACAAUUAAUCAAUAAUCAUAAAUUAUAUCAAUCAAGAAAAUCUGAUAUUUCACAAAAUCAUAAUAAUGAUCAUAAUCAGGAUGAAAAAAAAUUAGUUACUAAGAUGAAACUUAGUUUAUUUAAAAUGAAAUCAUUAAAACGUUUUCGUAAAUGUAAUAAAGAUCACUUCAAUACAAUUCAAUCACAUUCAUUAUAUAAUAUAAUAAAUGAUCAAACAAAUAUGAUGUCAACUAUAAAAGAUAAUUUAUCGAAUAGUUAUAAAAUGAAAUCUUCUAUAAAAUCUAUGAAACAAUCAAAAUUAUUUUCAUUAAAUAAAUCAUUGCAUGAUAAUAUGACAACAGUUAAGAAUGAGAAUAAUCCUGAUGAUAAAGAUUGUACUGAAUCAUUAGAUGAUAGUUUAGGACAAUUACCUAUUACAAAUAAUAAUUCUAUAUUCAAGCAUAUUCAUCAUCAACCACGUCAAAUAAUAAAACAUUCUGAUUUUAUAAAAUGUAAUAAUAUUGAUUAUUUAUCUAAUCAUUCUAAUCAUAAUCAUAAUAAUAUUGUAUUAAGACGUGGUUCACUUUGUAUUUUUAGUCAAAUUGAUGAACCGAUUGUAACACCAUUUGCUCAAAUAUUGGCUAGUUUAAGAAAAGUUCGAUUAAAUUUUAUUAUCUUAACAAAUGUGACAAGUACAAGAGAUUCACGAUUUGGAGCUGUUCAAUCAAUACAAUCUAAUGAAGAUGGAAAUAGUUCUUCACACUUAGGUUACAGUGGUAGUUGUAGUGGUGGACAAAAUAAGAUAACAGCUAGUGAAACAUUGGAAGAACUUGAAUGGUGUUUAGAAAGAUUAGAAAAUAUACAAACCCAUCGAUCUGUUAGCGAUAUGGCAUCGAGUAAAUUUAAGAAAAUGCUAAAUAAAGAAUUAAGUCAAUUCGCUGAUGCUGGUCAAAGUGGCAAACAAAUAUCCGAAUAUAUUUGUUCAACAUUUUUAGAUUCAAAAGAAAAUGAUCCAUUAACAACUACAAAUCAUCCAUCUAUGAUAUCACAUAAUAAUACACAUGGAAUAAUGUCGAAUAGUAUAAAUAAAGAUAUAAUAAUAAAUAAUCAUGAUAAUCUUUCUGAAAUGAAUACAUAUAAACCUUUAGAUAACAUAAAUAAUUCAGAAUCAACUGGUAUGUAUUUAUUUAGAACUGUUGAACCCGGUGAAACAAUUCAAACAACAGCAGCAACAACAACACUGACUGACAUUACUGAUGGUGAUACAAUGAUAGCAGUGACUAGUGAUAAUAACAGUAGUAAUAUUCCUAGCACAAUUAAAAGUACAACCGCAACAAUGGGAUCUACUAUAAUGAGUAAAUCAUUGUCGAAAUUAUCUUCCUCACUAUCAACAUUAUCAUUGAAAAUGAAUAGUAAUGUGAAUGUAAAUGAAAAUACUAAUAGUAAUGACAAUGAUAAUAAUAAUAAUAUAAUGAUUAAAUCUAGUGGAAAUUCUCAUAUCACAAUGUCAAUCCAUUCUUCUGGUACAUCACCUCCUCCUCCUCCUCCUCCUCCUCCUCCUCAAUCUCAUCAACAUCAUAGUGAAUAUGAUAAAAUCCAUUAUUCACAAACACAAAUUGUACCAUAUGUAAUAAAUUCAACAAAUCCAAAGAAACUUGAAGAUCUUCUAAAAACUUCCCUUGAUCUAUGGGGUAUUGAUAUAUUUGAAGUAGACCAACUUACUACUAAUCCACUAACGUGUGUAUUUUAUAAUAUUGUACAGAAAAGAAAUCUUUUGCAAAAAUUUGCUAUACCUGAACGUAAUCUACUUCUAUACAUGACUGCUGUUGAAGAGAAAUAUAACGAUAAUCCGUAUCAUAAUCGUGUUCAUGCAGCUGAUGUUGUACAGUCAACACAUGUAUUAUUAAAUGCACAAUCAUUAGAGUCUGUAUUUACAGAUUUAGAAAUUUUCACAGUACUAUUUGCAUGUGCUAUCCAUGAUGUCGGUCAUCCAGGGGUUACAAAUCAAUAUUUAAUUAAUACAAAUGAUCAAUUAGCAAUUCUAUACAAUGAUUCAUCUGUAUUGGAAAAUCAUCAUUUAGCUAUAGCAUUUUCUUUAUUAGGUCAACCAGGUCAUGAUGUUUUUGAGAACUUUCCACGUAAACAACGACUUAGUUCUAGACGUAUGAUUAUUGAUAUGGUUCUAGCUACAGAUAUGUCCAAACAUAUGAGUUUGUUAGCUGAUUUGAAAACAAUGGUUGAAACAAAGAAAGUUGCUGGAUCCGGUAUACUUACAUUAGAAAAUUAUAUUGACAGAAUGCAGAUUUUACAAAAUAUGGUACAUUGUGCUGAUUUAAGUAAUCCAGCUAAACCAUUAGAUUUGUAUAGACAAUGGACUAAUCGUGUUAUGGAAGAACUUUUUCAACAAGGUGAUAAAGAACGUGAAUUAGGCAUUGAAAUAAGUCCGAUAUGUGAUCGAAAUACAGCAACUAUUGAAAAAUCACAGAUCAGCUUUAUUGAUUACAUUGUUCAUCCAUUAUGGGAAACAUGGUCGGAUUUAGUUUAUCCAGAUGCACAAACUAUUUUAGAAACAUUAGAAGACAAUCGUGAAUGGUAUUAUAAUCAAAUUAAUGAGGAGAAUAAUAACAAUAAUAAUAAUGAAGAAAAUGAUGAAUGAAUAAAUUGAUCAAAACCACUAAAACACAUCAUGUGUAUAUACACUUAUUUGAAUUCUGCAUUUCUGAACUGGAUUUAUUUCAAAUAAUAUAUCAUUUAUUGAUCAUUCAAUUGGAAUUGUUUCCCUGUUCCCAUACAUUUUCACACAGAUUUUCUUUUUCAUAAUGAUUAUUUUUAAUUAGUGAUGAAUAAGCUUACCUCUCUCUCUCUCUCUUAUAUGUUAAAUGAAUAGCGAUAUCAUAAAACACAUAGAAACAAUUAACAUUGCAGAUAUAUAUAUAUAUGUUGAUGUACAUUGAAAUUUUAUGAUCUUUUAUUGAAAAUCUAGUAUUAUUUACCAUUUUAUAAUCUGGUUUCAUCCUCUAUUGUAUUCAAUAUGUUUAUGAAUAAAUAAUCAAAAAAUAUCA